CAGUGAGGAACGCGACGUGAGGCGACGCGAGGCGACGCAACGUCGAGUGAGACGCGCGUGCUGGCGUGCAGGCGGGGCGACGAAGGACGCGUGCAGAGCGUGGCGUAGCGUGGAGAGGCCGGCGGCCGCCGCUGGAUGCUGACCGGGCCGCGACGCCCCCGCUCCUUGCCAUGGACUCGGGGGCGCAACGGCAAAUGAAGGACGAGUGGCCGUCCCGAGUGGAGUCGGCGGUUCCCAUGGCGCCGCUCGCUCUCAGCCACGACCACUUUGAGUCGCAGUGCCAGCAGCAGUACGGGGAGGUGAACCAGCUGGGCGGCGUCUUCGUGAACGGGCGGCCGCUGCCCAACGCGGUGCGCAUGCGCAUCGUGGAGCUGGCGCAGCUGGGCAUCCGGCCGUGCGACAUCUCGCGCCAGCUGCGCGUCUCGCACGGCUGCGUCUCCAAGAUCCUGGCGCGCUACCACGAGACCGGAUCCAUCCUGCCCGGCGCCAUCGGCGGCAGCAAGCCCCGCGUCACCACGCCCAAGGUGGUUGCGUACAUCAAGGAGCUGAAGCAGAAGGACCCCGGCAUCUUCGCGUGGGAGAUCCGCGACCGGCUGCUGUCGGACGGCGUGUGCGACAAGUACAACGUGCCGUCGGUGAGCAGCAUCAGCCGCAUCCUGCGCAACAAGAUCGGCGCGCUCGUGCACCACCCGCACCACCACUCGCCGGCGUCGGCGGCGGCGGCGGCGGCGGCCGGCACGGCUGCGGGGGCGGCGGUGGUGGCGGCGGCGGCGGCGGCGGCGCACCACCCGCACCUGUACGGCUCCAUCUACCCGGCGGCCGCCUACCCCUACCAGCCGGCCGGGCCGGGGCCCGCGGGCAAGGUGGCCAGCGCGCCCGGGGCCUCCCCGCCGUCCGUAGCGGCGACGGCGGGCGGCGCGGUGGGGGGCGGCGCGGCGCCGCCCCCGGCGUGGCCCGUGUCCGUGUCGUCGCACUCGGUGUCGGACAUCCUGGCGCACCACCACGCGGCCGCCGCCGCCGCAGCGGCAGCCGCGGCCGCCGCCUUCCGCGCGCCGCCGCCCCCGCAGCACCCGGCGACGGCCGCCCCCGCGCCCGUGGCGGCGCCCGGCCCGGCGGACAACUACAGCAGCUACUACAUGUACCUGCAGGGCUGCGGCUCGCACCACGGGCUGGCGGCGGCGGCGGCCGCGGCGGGGCAGGCCACGUCGCUCUAG